CAAAAGCUCCGCCUCGUCUCGUGCCCCCCCCUGAAGAUACUACGUAGGCGGACCACUCGGAGACUUGACCUGUCGUCUUGGCCUGCACGGUACCUGUUGACUGAUUGGAUUGAGGCAAUACGAAAUACGAAGCAUUCACCUUAUCGAAAAACAUCCGAGGUACAUAUUAGGCGCAGGCCUGUCUCCCUGCUUGGGAUUGAACAAAGCAGAAAGAAGACCACCGUUACACCCAGAAAACGAUCCGAUCCAUCUAUUACGAGUACCAACUUUCUGCCUCACCAAUGUAAUUUGAGCAAUUGAAAUGGCUGAAAUCGAAUCAAAAAUAUCGGACCUCCAUUCUACUCAUCUCGAGAAGAGCACAUGCACCCCAGCACAAGCAUUCUCGCGCACAUACCCGUGGCUGCCGACCGAAUGGGUCAACGGCACCAUGAGCUUUGAGACGCAUUUCCAGGACUAUGAGAUCGAGAAUCCAGCCGUGGUUCUGCAGGAGGCUCUCGGUGGUGUUGUGAAAUGGCUCGUCGAGGGCAUCAAGGCGGAAUUAGGAGCCGUUUCUGCGCACGACGGCGAACAUGUCGCUGUAUGCACUACUAGCAGGCCUUGAAUGAAGGCGUUUUUGAAUGUUGCAUUAAUGCCCUUGAGGCCACAUCUAUAUACGCAUAUAUACUCAUGAGGGGUAUCAGUCUAUAAAGCGAAUCUAAAGUCUAUGUGCAAGUGAUCAGCUAGUGUACAAGCAUUAGUAAGUGACAAAAUUUGCAAUGGGUUCCUAGGAGGAGGCCAGUAUCAUCGGUCGAUCGAUUUGUUCGUUCUUGUCCUGCUCAGGUCCAACCCAGCUAUA